AUGGCCACUGAUCUCUGGAUGCCAGCCCCAGUCUGCCUAAUUGAGAACAGUAAGGGGCAACUGACAGUGAAUCAAGAAGCAAUGCAAGUGCUUGCUACAAUGACCCAGCCUGUGGUGGUGGUGGCUAUUGUGGGCCUCUACCGCACUGGCAAGUCCUACCUGAUGAACAAGCUGGCAGGGCAAAAGUCAGGUUUCUCCCUUGGCUCUACAGUGCAGUCUCACACCAAGGGCAUCUGGAUGUGGUGUGUUCCUCAUCCCAAGAAACCAAAUCACACUCUUCUUCUACUGGACACGGAAGGCCUGGGUGAUGUGGAGAAGGGUGACAAUAAGAAUGAUGGGUGGAUCUUUGCCCUGGCUGUGCUACUGAGCAGCACCCUUGUCUACAACAGCAUGGGCACCAUCAACCAGCAGGCCAUGGACCAGCUACACUAUGUGACAGAGCUGACAGAACGAGUGAGAGUUAAGUACUCCCCUAGUACAGCUGAGAAGGAAGACUCAACUCACUUUGUAAACUUCUUUCCAGACUUUGUGUGGACUGUGCGUGAUUUCACCUUAGAGCUCAAAAUCAAUGGACAGCCCAUCACCUCUGAUGAGUACCUGGAGAAGGCACUAAAACUCAAAGAAGGUACCAGUGAUGAAGUUCACAUGUUCAAUUUACCCCGGCAAUGUAUCCACCAAUUCUUUCCCAAGAAGAAAUGCUUUAUCUUUGCACCACCCACCUAUGGGAAGAAGCUUGCCCAGCUUGAGAAACUUCAUGACAGUGAACUAGAGGCUGACUUUGUUGAACAAACUGAAAACUUCUGCUCCUACAUCUUGCAAUACUCCAGAGUAAAAACUGUCCAGGGAGGUAUCACAGUCAAUGGGCCCCGUCUAGAGAACCUCAUCCUGAUCUAUGUCGAGGCCAUCACCAGUGGAGAUAUGCCCUGUAUUGAGAAUGCAGUCCUGACACUGGCUCAAAUAGAGAAUUCAGCUGCAGUUCAAAGGGCCCUUACACACUAUGAAGAGAUGAUGAACAAAAGGGUCCAGUUCCCCACAGAAACCCUUCAGGAGUUGUUGGACAUACAUGCCAUCUGUGAGAAGGAAGCCAUUGAAGUCUUCAUCAAGGAUUCUUUCAAGGAUGUGGACCAGAAAUUCCAGAACGAAUUGGCGAGUCAGCUAGAAGCCAAGCGAGAUGCCUUUUGUAACCAGAACCUGAAUGAGUCGGCACAGCGGUGCAGAGCUUUGCUUCAGGAUAUUUCCAGGCCUCUGGAGGAAGGGGUGAAGCAGGGGUUCUUCUCUAAACCAGGGGGCUAUGGUCUCUUUCUGCAGAAGAAGCAAGAGCUCAUAGAGAAGUACAAGGAGCAGCCCAGGAAGGGGGUACAGGCUGAGGAGACUCUGCAGGAAUACCUGAAGUCCAAGGAAGAUGUAGCUAAAAUGAUUGAACAGACAGAUCAAGCACUCACAGCAAAAGAAAAGGAGAUUGCUGCAGAGAGGAUGAGGGCUCAAGAUGCAGAGGCCGCGGCAAGGCAACUGGAGGAAAUGCAGAAGAGACACCAGGAGGUGCAGGAGCAGAAGAAGAAAAGCCACCUGGAUAAUGUGAAGGAAGUACCUGCGAGGGUGGAGGCUGAGGUGAACCGCUGGCGCAAGCGCGUGAGGAAGCUCUUCUGAAAUGCCAGGACUUGCUCUCAAACCCCAUUUGUUUCUCAUCAGAAACAGGAAGAAAGGAGGAUUCGGUGCCCCAAAGUGCUCCCGUUUCAGCAUCUGAUCCAAUCUCUCCAUGGCAAGAAGGAGCACCCUCAAGGAAAAGAAGCUGUGUCAUGUGGUGAAGUCUUGGAGCUUUCCCUCUUGCUCACCCUGACCUACAGCAACAUUUGAAGGGGAAGCUUUAGAACUGAGGAUAUUCAGCACUUGACUAAAGUUUCUAAGAUUACAAUAAUACCCUACGCUCGUAUAACACUGCAGUUUACAAAGGCGAGGCAUGAGUGGUAAUGGCAAAACAAAGGUCUAAUUAUUCUGCAAAUA